UUGAUUUCUCUGUACACGCGCUUUUUCAUGUCUAGUUUUGUGUCAUUGCAACAAAACUAGACACUAGGACUCUAAAGACUGAAUCUGCAUAAGUAAUGAGCUACGUCAUCUCUAUUUACAUAUUAAUAUACAAAGAAUUCUUUUACCUAUUACCUGACAACGAACGGAAGUUAUUAGCUUGAACAGAAAACACACACAAAAGUUUGUUCAAAUGGCUGCUGAAAAGGAUGAGUCAAAAAUGGAAAAGUUCAUUAAGAGAGAGGAAGAAAUAUUGAACACAUUUUCAAUGUCAAUCAAGACGUUUGAAGCACAGACUAACAAAUUAAAGAAAAUAGAAGAAACAGUGUCAGAACUUAAGAGAAAAUCUGAUGAUGACAACCACAAUAGUAGGAAAAAAUUUAGACAAGACGUAGCUACAUCCCAAACAAGUUCUGAUAAUGACGAAAAUUCAGACAGUGAGGAUGAAAAUAGCCUUCCCAGUGGAGACAACUAUGAAGUCACUGACCUCCUAAUGGGUAACGAUGAAAGUGAAAGUAACAUUGGAAUAUUGAGCGAAGUAGAACAAAGUUUUGCGGAAGAUCACAAGACAGGGGAGCCAGUUGGGGAAAAAUUGGCAAUAGUCGUAAAUAAGGCAUUGAGAGCUCCUACUGAUAAGGAAAAAAUGAAAGCACUUACAGAGAAAUACAAGAGACCAGAAAACCUGGAGAAUUUACAAAUUCCGAGGGUGGAGAACACAGUCUGGGAGCAGCUUAGAAAUGAUACAAAAUUAGAUGAUGCGUCUAAACAGAAAACUAUUGGUCUACUAAACCAAUUGUUAUUACCCACAAUCCAUGCCAUGGAAGAGCUUAGUAAAGCAAAACAACCAGAUGUUAACAAGAUAUCAGAAUAUGUAGGAGAUUCCUUCAAGUUGAUGGCUCAUCAUAUCAACAACAUCAAUAGCCAAAGGAAAGACAAUAUUAAGAAGGAAAUGUAA